ACAGCAUUCGACGCCUAUCUGCCGUAGUGGCAAGUGCGAGAUACACCGGAAGUGCUCACUCAUGUCAUCUUUGGCGCUGACUCCCUUCAAGGCUGGCCUUUUCGUCGGCAAGAGUAUCAUUGUAACAGGUGGAGGCACUGGCCUUGGAUAUGCUAUAGCCAAGGAGCUCGUAUCUCUCGGUGCCAAGGUGGUGAUAGCCGCUCGUCGCAUUGAAGUGUUGGAAGCAGCUGCCUCUGAAAUGAAUAAGUCCUCUCAAAGAGGAGGAAAGAUUUAUGUGUGUCAGUGCAAUGUCCGUAAUGAAGAUGACAUCCAAAAGCUCGUUACUUUCGCGUUGGAGACAAUGGGAGGGAUCGACGGAUUGGUGAACAAUGCGGGCGGGCAGUUCGUCAGCCCGGUCGAAAACAUCAGUGCCCGUGGGUUCAAAGCCGUCGUCGAGACCAACUUGCUCUCGUGCUUCAUGCUCUCCAAGGAGAUUUAUAACCGCUGGUGGAGUCAACAAGAGGAUAGGAAGAGGAGUGGAUCCAUCGUUAAUAUCAUCCUUGCGAAUAAGAAUGGUUUUCCCAUGAUGGCACACAGCGGAGCUGCUCGUGCGGGUGUGGAAAAUCUUACCAAGAGCAUGGCCUUAGAAUGGAUCGGGCGAGGAGUGCGGGUCAAUUGUGUCGCCCCGGGGAUUAUCUACACAGAGAGCGGCUUCGCUAAUUACGGUGAGAUGGCCGGUGCUUUCCUUUCCUCGGUCCUCCCUUGUAUACCCGCCCACCGGUGCGGCACUGCCGAGGAGGUGAGUAGCCUCGUAGUCUUCCUCCUCUCUGACGCUGCUGUCUAUAUUACGGGUCAAAAUAUGGGAGUGGAUGGGGGUAUGGGGCAAGGCACUAUCCCUCUACGCCCGCAGGACCACGGCGCCAGCCUCCUGCCGGUCUAUGGAGAGCUGCCCAUGAAGGCGAGGCUUUGAGGGUAGCAUGGUCAACGUGUCGAGACAAAAUUAAAA